AUGUUUCACACAUUCCAGCGUCUCACCCUCAUCUUGACGAUCACAAUCAUUAGCAGUGUUGCUGUGAUACCGUUGGUAUCCGUUGUGCGUGACAUAAAGUCAUACAGCGACGUUAAUGCUCCUGGUGUAGCGUUUGCUUUGACUCCUGACCAUGGAACCGCGGCGAUCUUCUUCGGAAAUGGGACAUCUGUAGCUGUCGCGAGGGUCGAAGGGACUCAAGCCUAUAAAGGCCUCAUGCUACGACAAAAUACGACUUUUACAGCAACCGACAAUCCGAGCAAUUUGAAAACAUCGGUUUCUCAGCUCUGGGGCCUCAAAGAAAGGUUCUGGAAACAGCCAAAAACCGUGGAAGACAUUGAUAAAUCCGCAGUGGAGCCGGUACUGAAAGGUCUGAGGGCAGCGGUUGAGGCAUAUCUUGGCAACUCUAUAUGUUUCGUCAAAGUCGCUUUCUCUCCAAGAGAGAUGAACAAUGGCUACCUCGCUGACAUUGUUGCCGGAGCAGUCCGACAGAGUGGGCUUGUAGAAGUCUGGGCUGGACGACCUGCAGCUCCUAUAUUUGCUCUUUUUAGCAAGUGGUUGGACAAAGGCGAUUCCGGCCUACCUGAAAGCCUCGUUCUUGUCAUCGAUAAAAGUGAAUAUGGCUUUCAACUCGCUUUGAUCCACCAGGAAGACGGCUGGGUAGAUGUUCUCCGCCACAAUUAUCAUCUUUAUACUGCAACUGAGAAUAUUACUAAUAGGGCGUCAUCGCUCCAAUACGCCCUCGAGGAAAUUAUCAAGCCACCAUUCGAUUACAAAUUAUACGGUAUACAAGUUCCACAGAAUAUCAAGGACCUUUUAAUCUACUGUGAUGAUACCUGGAACCCUGGAUUUCGAAGCACUCUUAAUGCAACUCUCGACGCACGUCUCAUUCAAGGUGCAUACCAACGUCAGCCAGUCUACGCUCCUGCUAGAGGACUUGCUGAAAACGUCUUUCAUAUACUGAAUAAUCCCACAUCUCACGUCAGAAAGACAGCUACAUUUGGGUGCUGCUGGAAAUCUAGAGGAAGGGGUUGCCCAAUGGACUUUGCCGGCCCACUAGGUUAG